AUGGGUAGCGGAGCGAGUGCUGAGGAAAAGGAGAUGACAAAAAGAUCCAAAGAGCUGGAGAAGCAGCUCCAGGAGGAUGCAGACAAGGAGGCGAGGACGGUCAAGCUGCUGCUCCUGGGUGCUGGUGAGUCAGGGAAGAGCACCAUUGUAAAGCAGAUGAAAAUCCUCCAUCAAGGUGGUUACACGAAAGAAGAACAAAUUGCGUUUAAAGCAAUCAUAUACGGGAACAUUUUGCAGUCUGCUCUGGCCCUCAACAGAGGCAUGGACAUGCUGGGCAUCAACUACGGGUCUCCAGCCUCACAGGAAGAUGGGCAGAAACUGCAGAACCUGGCGGACUCCACUGAAGAUGGCACCAUGCCGAAUGAUCUUGCAGAGGUCAUCAAGAGGCUGUGGAAGGACACAGGAGUGCAGGCGGCCUUCGAGAGAUCCGCCGAGUACCAGCUCAACGACUCCGCUGGCUACUACCUGAGUGACAUGGACAGACUGUGUAAACCUGACUACAUCCCCACAGAGCAGGAUGUGCUGAGGUCUCGAGUCAAGACCACUGGCAUCAUCGAGGAGCAAUUCUCCUGCAAAGAGUUGCACUUCAGGAUGUUCGAUGUGGGUGGCCAGAGGUCGGAGAGAAAGAAAUGGAUCCACUGUUUCGAGGGUGUGACCUGUAUUAUCUUCUGUGGAGCUUUGAGCGCUUAUGACAUGGUGUUAGUAGAGGAUGACGAGGUGAACCGCAUGCAUGAGAGUCUCCAUCUAUUCAACAACAUCUGCAACCACAGGUUCUUUGCGACAACCUCAAUCGUGCUGUUCCUCAACAAGAAAGAUCUCUUUGAAGAGAAGAUCAAGAAAGUUCACCUCAGCAUCUGCUUCCCUGAAUACGAUGGUCCAAACACAUAUGCUGAUGCCGGCCUCUACAUCAGGAAACAGUUUGAAGAGUUGAACAUGAAGAAAGGGAUUAAAGAAAUUUACUCACACAUGACCUGUGCUACUGACACAAAGAAUGUUGAAAUUGUGUUCAAUGCUGUGACUGACAUAAUCAUCAAAGAGAAUCUCAAAGACUGUGGUCUGUUCUAA